CAAUUUGAGCCUGACAUUUGGGUUAGGUUUGGGUGCGAUGGAAAAAGCGCGGUUGUACGCCGAUUCUCACGGUGUUGCUUCGAACGUAGCAAUCCAGUUCUUCUUGAGAGGGAGGAGCAUGCUCUCUUGAAUCGAGGUCUCGUUACAUUCGAACUUUCUGUUCGUGAGUCCGUAAGUUCCACGAGCAAGGAGACGGAAGUCGGUGACAUUGACGGAAGGGGAACAGCAAAGAAAAGAUAUACAUAUAUAUAUUAUAUAUUUGGCGGGGGUGAGGAACGCGCUUGCGUGUUGACGAUCCGUGCGUGUAUGCAUGUGUGGAAUGGUGGAGAAAGUUGCUGGCGCACGAUGCAGCUGAUGACCUUGAACUCCCUGUUAAUGUUCGACAUCGUGUUCCUGUUUUUCCUGUUCCUCGUCGGGGUCUCCUGUCUCAUGUACUACCUGCCCGCCACACGGGCGCAUGAUUUCGCCCCGCACGAGAUCAUCACAGCGAGAACGCCGCCGCGUUACGACAGGCCGAUCGACAAUGUUUAAGGAUGCAAACCGACUUGAACGGAGGACCUGGCCUCGCCGUAGUAGCGGGAGAUGUACUAGCUCUGCGAGGAACAGGACUUGCCGCUGCCGAGACAUGGGCUCUCCUGUGCCAGGCAGCCCAGGCCCUCCAAGACCUCUUUCUCUCAAACGGUGGUGUGGUGGGUGGUUCGAGGGCUGGCCCGGUGGUGACUCCCCAUACAUUGGAGCUGACACCACGUGGUAGAGUUUUGCUGCAACUUGCACCGCCGGAAACUGCUCGAGCGUAUCUGCCACCGGAGUAUCGACCGGGUCGUGUAUAUUCGGACACCGAUUCAGAAAAGAUGUGGAUGUACUCGCUGGGGCGGGCAUUAUUGGACACGACUCCGAGAGUCGCUGCGCUGACAGGAACGGUUUCCGUUUCACCCUCGUCGGCACUUCAGUCGGUUCUAGCUGCCAUGACGGAACCCGAUCCACGAAGACGAGCUUCCUUGAUGAAUCUGCUGGACGUGAUCUCUGAGUACUGCCGCACUCGUUUACAAUCAAAACCCUUCACGCACAUCGUAAUGGACAUGUAUCGCGAGGUGGUGAAGUCGCCUCAGUACACAGCUCGCAAACGCAUCGCGUAUCAGCACCUGAACCCCCCCGCCCCUCCCCACCGUAGCCCGUCGGACCUGACAGAGCAGAAUCGUCGCCAGACAAACUACCCCCAUCAUCAUCACCACCACCACCACCAUCAUCAACAACAACAACCGUCUCAACAAUCCGAUCCACUCCAAUCCAUGCACAGUCAAGCCAAAAAUCUUCACCAAGACCGCCAGUAUCAUUCCGCCAAUCAGUACAAUAUUCCUCGUCCAAGUAGGCAACGUUCUCCGGCGCGAUAUCAGCUUCAGGAAGCGUCCCAACAGAGUCAGACCGGGCCAAAGGUCCAUCACCACAAUCACUAUCACCAUCAUCGUCCGGCGAAAGGUGCCCUUUUCAAGCUUCAGUCGCGAAACUCGCACUCGCAUCCGAACUUGACGACCAUUUGCGGCCAGCAGUCGCAACCGAGCCGACGGUGCCAGGAAACGGAGGAUCGGAGGACGCAGUUUCACUCUCAGCUGAACGUUCAACAAACGGCAACGACCGGUCGUAGCUUAGGCCCGGCGAUCCAGCAUCAACGGCGUCACCACCACUCGCGAACGUACUCACAACCGAUUUACACGAGGCUGCAGCACACCAGAAGCAGCGGCAAUCUGCCGUCGACCAUCGUCGGCGAGGGCAACCCUGGCGGGAACGUUUACAACGACCCAAUCUACGCGUUGCCCGUGAAGCCUUUCCUCAGCUCGCAGGACGUCAGAGUGAACGGGCUGUCCGUGAAGCCACCUGUCGGCCAUCGCAACGAGGACGUGUACACGACCGCGACGAUAACCAGGCGGCCGUCGGCGGCUGGAUAUUCUCAUCCGGACAUACCGACGUCGUCGACGGAACGGGGACGAGAGGAGAUUUAUGGGAGAUGUGCAGGACGGGCGAAUCCGACGUUGCAGAGACAACACUCAAAUCCUCAGCUUCCUAGCAGGGAUCAACAAGAGGGUGAUUUCGGGCGGUUGCCGGAGCAGAGCGUAACAACGACCGAUCACAGAUGCCCGGCUGGUGCUGGCAACAGGGAGGAGCAGGAGGAGCAGACGAUGCAACAACAAAAUCCAGUGUCUUCCAUGAGAGUGAGGAGCGUUCAGGGGCCGCCGAAACCGCCCCGAAUAAUCACCACGCUGAAGAAGGCGCCAUUCUCCGACGCGGAGAGCAGCAAGUCCGAACCGCCGGCCAAACCUCCUAGAAAUAUGAUAAAGAAUGGACCAAGAGCUCGGCGUGGCAAAGCGGUUCAAAGAGCACCAUCUCGUCUCUACAGAACAGUAGGUGUUCCAACGAGAUCCUUCAACAAAGCGCAAUGCGUUGGGCCAGAAUUUGUAGUGCGUGCUAAUCAGCCAUCAAAGACACUGUGUGUUGGCCAAGUAAAGGCUAGCAAUUCCGGGCGUAUUGUCGUAAUAAUGCUGACUGGUCAACGAGUGGAAGUUACUUGCGAUCCUCAGAAAGUUACGGCCGGCGAUUUGUUUCAGGCUAUCAUGCAAGCUGAAAGCCUCGACGAAAACUUCACCCUAGGCCUGGCGGUGCUAUUAGCCGGUGAUUUCGCGAUUUUGCCUCCUGAUACUAAAUUAAAUAAAGUCGCGCCACCGGGAUGGUUAAGCAGUGGCAAGAACAAAGGUCUUCUGGGUCUUCCAACUAGUUUCAUGCUGUACCUGAGGCUCAGGUUCUUCCUGCCCUCUCUACGUGGUGUAAGGAGUUGGAUAUCGAAACAUCUAUUAUAUUUGCAAAUACGACGAUGUAUAUUGGAGCAACAGCUGGUGUGCCCGUAUCCCGAGUUAAUUAAUCUGACUGGACUCGCUCUUCAGGCUGAAUUUGGAAAUUAUAACGUGAACGAACACGGUUGCGGCGAUUACUUUCUGCUGGAGCACUACAUCCCGGAGUCGUUGAUCCUGAAUAUAGAUCAACAUCAGUCGCAAAUCAACAACGGUGGGGCGGACGCUCUUCGCGCCCGUCUCCAUCAGGCUCACCGUGACAGACGCGGCUUGGACUCGAACAAAGCUGAGGAGAUGUUCAUAACUCACGCGCAAACUCUGCCGGAUUACGGGUCCCAUUAUUACAUCGCUACCGUGGACUCGAAGGAGCUGGAGAAAGUGAUGGCGCAGCAGAGGAAGAGAAAGUUGCUGGACCAGCGCGACACGUCCGAGGUGUUGCUCGAUUCCACCGAGAGCAUUUACAAGCAAGACAGCAGACAGGAGUAUCUGCGAGGCCGAAUCGAGAUCUCUCGACUGGGAUCUUGCGAGAAUAUUCGGAAGAUCCCGUACGACGAGCGAAAGCCAGCUGGAUUGACCAAGAGCGCCACUUCGAACGACAUUUUUGGAGCUCACAGGUCCAAGUAUCGUCUGGAGGCUUGCAACAAUAACAACGUCAAUAACGUUAACAACAACAACAACAACAACAACAACAACAAUAACAAGCUGAAUCACGAUGGAAAGAGUGGGAAGAACGGGAAGAAGAAGACCGAGAGCAAUGUUUGGCUGGCUAUCCACGCUCAGGGACUGAAACUGUUCGAGAGAGGCGGAGAGCCGAGGGAGAGGAUCAAACUGGCGCAGUUUCAGUGGAAGGACAUUCAGACGUUGAACUACAGUAAAAGCUGCCUGGUUGUGUGCAGCAAGGUGAAUGGGAAACGAUGCAAGUUCAAGCUGAGAAUGGAUCACCGAAAAAGUUACUUCGCUUUCAAGCUCACCUCUCUGCACCAUCAGUUCUUCUUACGGCUACGCUCGGAACUUACCUCGCUACAGGGACUCGCAAAAGAAUUUGGUGUCCCUACGACGAUAGAAGCAAAGGCCUCGCCGUCGAAGUCGAAGUCGCACGACAGUAAAACGAAGAUAGCCAUCGCGAACACCGUGAAGAACGCGCAGCUGAGGUUGAAUUAUUCGAUGCAGUUGGAAGAAUACCAGAACAAAGAGAACGAAAAUCCACAGAAAGACGUUAUCACGGUUUCAAAGGCAAAGGACGCUCUCCGCGAGCAGCCGGGCUUCUAUCCCACCGAGGAAGAUGCACUUUACGCGCAGGUAAACGUACGGCUGGAGCCGGAAGGAGAGUCGCGUAACACGGAAGACGAGUCAGAGAGAAGUUUGACGAGCCCGAACGAGCCGCUCUCGCUCGACGCAAAGGAAAUGAUGAACGACGGGAAGAUAUACAAUUGCCCGCGAAUGGAAUUGGAAACGGAGGCCGAGUGCGGUUAUUCGCUUCCUAAAAUCAUCUCGUCGAACGAUGUGGAUCAGAUGGAGAAGCCGGAUAACCCCGAGGUAUUGUACGCGGCGAUCAACAAAGUUGGAAUCUCAAGGAAGAACGAGUUUCCUGUUCCGGAGGAGGUGUGGGACGUGUCGGACGUGAAGAAGUCGUUGCACAAGAUGAAGACUUCGAGUUUACCGAACUACGGAACACCGAGGCAAUCGGGUGGUUACCGUACGCCGAGUUUGCCACGUCGUCUGGGGGUAAAAAUGGGAACGCGAGCGAUCUACAGCAGCCUCGUGCAGAAAGACACCACCCUUACCGACGACAUGGAGUCGCUAUCGUUGAAAUCGGACACGGAAUCUUCGAUUCAGUCGCUGUCCGCGCGAUCAACCGAGUCUCCACUACCGGAAGCUUACGUGCUCAACGCUGACAUCCGCACGAAUGACGAGACGUUUCGUGUUCCGGAGGACGAGUCAAUGUCCGCUUCUUUGGUAGCCCGUCUCGAGGAAUUGUCAUUUGCCGAGGAACGAAUACUGCAGACGAUCAAGUUGGAGAGAGGCCACGGUGGCAGCAUUGGGUUGCAAGUGACGGAGGGUAACGACGGUGGCGUUUACGUUCAAGCGGUGUCGGUCGGUGGGUCGGCCGAUAUGGCCGGGAACGUGAACAAAGGCGAUCGCAUCGUAGCGAUAAACGGGCAGAAUUUAUUGCACUUGCGGUACGAGGACGCUCUGAAGAUGCUGCAGAGCUCGUCCGAUACGAUCGAGCUGGUCCUCUCUCAAGCCACGUCCCGCAAAAACGCCGCCUCCAGGCAGAACCACGAGCAGCCCGCGGAAAACAACUAUCUGAACGACAUCAGAUUCGACGUGUCCUCGGAAGCGGAUACAUCGAGUAUGACAAACAAAUGGCUCGUUCAAAGGACCACCGAUGUCGCAUCCGUGCAGAACACCUCGAGCGCGUACAGCAGUGCCGCGUCGAGCGCGAUGGGCAAUCACAAUGCAAAUAGCCUGUACAUGGCCAAUCUCGUCGAUAACGGUGCACUCAAGUCCGCGAGUAUGCUGCUCAGUAUAGAGGACUUCGACGUCAGCAGAACGAGUCGCCAAGUUUUUAUCUAAUCGCCGAUAAAAAACAAGGCGCAGAGUCUGCCAGUAACGCGCCGCCAGUACCACCGAGACGGAAGAAGCGCAAAGCGAAGCCCGCGGCGAUUGCAAAAUCUGUGGAAGAAGAAACGUCACCGACGCGUCUCAGGAAGCCAG